ACCAGCGCUUUAGAAUGAGGUCUCUGGUACCUGAGUGCAGACGCAAUGCGACCACAGUCUUAGCUCCUGCCAAAGUACGUUCCCCACCAUGAUGGACAGUACCUACAACCCCGGGAGAGAAGAUGUUUACGGUGGUGACCCGCCAGCCCUGUGAACAGGCAGGCUUCAGGGCCCUCUCGAGGACCCCUGCUAUCGUCACCUUGGUGGUCCUGCUUGUGAGCAUUGUGGUACUUGUGACACUCACACUCAUCCAGAUCCGACACCCACAGGUUGUGCCUCCAGGAUUGAAGUAUGGAAUCGUGCUGGAUGCGGGCUCUUCCAGAACCACUGUCUACGUGUAUCAGUGGCCAGCAGAGAAGGAGAAUAACACCGGAGUGGUCAGCCAAACCUUCAGAUGCAGCGUAAAAGGCUCUGGAAUCUCCAGCUAUGAGAAUAACCCCCAAGAUGCCCCCAAAGCCUUUGAGGACUGUAUGUUCAAGGUCAAGGAACAGGUGCCAGAGCACCUCCAUGGAUCCACCCGCAUUUACCUGGGAGCCACAGCUGGGAUGCGCUUGCUGAGGUUGCAGAAUGAGACAGCAGCCCGUGAAGUCCUUGAGAGCAUCCAAAGCUACUUCAAGUCCCAGCCUUUUGAUUUUCGGGGUGCUCAGAUCAUUUCUGGGCAAGAGGAAGGAGUGUAUGGAUGGAUCACAGCCAACUAUAUAAUGGGAAAUUUCCUGGAGAAGAACCUGUGGCACAUGUGGGUGCACCCGCACGGGGUAGACACCACCGGAGCCCUGGAUUUAGGCGGCGCCUCCACCCAGAUAUCCUUCGUGGCUGAGGAGAAGAUGGAGCCGAACGCCAGCGACACGGUGCAGGUGUCCUUGUAUGGCUAUACGUACAUACUCUACACGCACAGCUUCCAGUGCUAUGGCCGGAACGAAGCGGAGAAGAAGUUCCUGGCCGUGCUUCUGCAGAGCCCUUCCACAGAAGCCAACAUCAGCAACCCCUGCUACCCUCAGGGCUACAGUACCACCUUCACCUUGGGCCACGUGUUUGGCAGCCUGUGCACAGAGAAGCAGAGGCCGGAGAGCUACAACCCCAGCGAUAGCGUCACCUUCACGGGAACUGGUGACCCACGGCUGUGCAGGGAGAAGGUGGCUUCUGUGUUUGACUUCAGCGCUUGCCAAGACCAAGAGGCCUGCUCCUUUGAUGGCAUUUACCAGCCCAAGGUUCAAGGCCCAUUUGUGGCAUUCGCAGGCUUCUAUUACACAGCCAGUGCGCUAAACCUGUCGGGGAGCUUCUCCCUUUCCUCCUUCAAUGACAGCAGCUGGGACUUCUGCAGGCACACUUGGAGUGAGCUCCCGUCCUUGCUCCCCAGAUUUGAUGAGACGUACGCCCGGUCCUACUGCUUCUCAGCCCAUUACAUCUACCACUUGCUCGUAAAUGGAUACAAGUUCACUGAGGAGACUUGGCCUCAGAUACGCUUUGAAAAAGAAGUGGGGAACAGCAGCAUCGCCUGGUCCCUAGGCUACAUGCUCAGCUUGACCAACCAGAUCCCAGCUGGAAGUCCCCUGAUCCAUCUACCCAUACAGCCACCAGUGUUUAUGGGAGUCCUGGCUUUCUUCACGGCUAUCGCCUUGCUGUGCCUGGCGUUUCUUUUGUACCUAUGUUCAGCAUUCAGGACAAAGGAGCGCUCUGAGAAUGCCUUCGACCAAGCGGUGGAUUCUGAUUGAGCCUUCCAAGCAGCACCUGGGGCCCAAGCCUGCCAAAACCCACCAGAGUGACACGAGGCAGUGUGAGUGAAGUGGCUGCCACCAGGACCUGUCCUGUGCUUAAAUGCCAAGGUCACGUGCCUCUCAGCCACUGGUUCCUGCCAGAGCACCUCCUGGGAGUCCCUCAACCACCCACUGGGUGUUGCCUCUGCAACCCUCCCUACCUGCUUGCUGAUCCAUUGUGAAUCAAGGAGUCGCUGGCUGUUGGUGUCAGGGGCUUUACUCCGUCUACUCCAGAGGAAGUUGAGAAUAUAAUUUAAUGCGGAAGAAUUGACCACAGGCUCGGUUUCAGUGUUCUCUCCCUCCGUAUUCCUCCCAGCCAGCCGCCCAUAAAGGCUCUGACUCAGAUAUGUCACCCAGUGGCUUUGCCCUGUAGUUCCUUUGCAAGGCCUUCCUGUGUUUGAGUUGAGUCAAGCCCCAUCUCAAGCCACUGAUGCUUUCUUUUAGUAAUCUCAUGAGCACUAAGCUCCCUGACUGUGGCUUGUAGAGGUUAGCUGGGGAGAUGCUAGCAUUUCAAGACAGUUUCAUGUAGCCAUGCGAGCCUCCCGCUUACUAUGUAGCCAAGACCAACCUUGAUGCUGCUCUUUUCCUGAGGGCUAGGAUUAUGGGUUGUGAGGUCCUGGGGGUGGAACCCCAGGAUUUCAUGCAUGCUAGGCAACUAUUCGACUGACUGAGUCACAUACCCAACCUAAGAAGACUCAAGGACAGAUGGCCUCUGUCAUGUAGGCAGAUCUUGAAGCACAAAGACACAUAGAAGUCCCUGAAUGGUAGCUAUUCUUAUUUUAGAAUGGCCACUUGGAACUCUGGUCAUGAGGCUGCUACUCAGUGUGUGUCAUCCUUGUGUAAUUGUCUCCUUGA